GUGUCCUCUCCGGAUUGGGAGUCGCGGGUGGCAGCCUCUGAGACGAUGAGCAGGACGCUUUAGAGACUCACCUGAAGGAGGGACCCUCCCUCCGGCGCGGAAUGCCAUGUUAAUUCGGGGGCAUUGAUGUUUUACAAUGCCUGAUCAAGACAAAAAGGUGAAGACCACAGAAAAAUCAACUGAUAAGAAACAGCAAGGAAUCACUACCAGGGACUAUUCAGAUCUUAAAAGACUUCGCUGCCUUUUGAACGUUCAGUCAAGCAAACAGCAGCUUCCGGCCAUUAACUUCGAGAGCACCCCAAACAGCAUGACAAAGUCUGAGCCAGCCGUCAAGGUGGGCGGACACAGAGCUCGAGGUCAGUGGCACGAGUCCACCGAAGCUGUUGAACUUGAAAAUUUUAGUAUAAACUACAAGAAUGAGAGAAAUUUCAGCCAGCAUCCCCAGCAUAAACUCUUUCUGGAGAUCUUUACGGCCUUGGUGAAAAAUAGGCUCAUAUGCAGAGAGUGGGUGAAUCGAGCCCCAUCUAUUCACUUUCUGAGAGUGUUGAUCUGCCUGAGACUGUUAACGAGGGAUCCCUGUUACCAGGAAAUACUCCAUAGCUUGGGUGGUAUUGAAAACCUCGCUCAGUACAUGGAGAUUGUGGCCAACGAGUACCUGGGCUACGGAGACGAGCAGCAUAGUGUGGACAAGUUGGUCAACAUGACGUAUAUUUUUCAAAAACUUGCUGCUGUCAGAGACCAAAGAGAAUGGGUCACCACAAGUGGAGCCCACAAGACGUUAGUAAAUUUACUCGGGGCCCGAGACACUAACGUUCUGUUGGGCACUCUCCUGGCGCUGGCCAGUUUAGCUGAGAGUCCAGAAUGCAGGGAGAAGAUAAGUGAACUCAACAUUGUAGAAAAUCUCCUGAUGAUCUUACAUGAAUAUGACUUGCUUUCCAAAAGGCUGACAGCGGAGUUACUGCGCCUUCUUUGUGCCGAACCCCAGGUGAAAGAGCAGGUGAAGCUGUACGAGGGGAUCCCAGUGCUCCUCAGCCUGCUUCACUCUGACCACCUGAAGCUGCUCUGGAGCGUCGUCUGGAUUCUGGUGCAGGUUUGUGAGGACCCUGAGACCAGUGUGGAAAUCCGCAUUUGGGGAGGCAUCAAGCAACUUCUUCACAUUUUACGUGGUGACAGAAAUUUUGUUUCCGACCGUUCUUCCAUUGGGAGCCUGUCCAGUGCAAAUGCAGCAGGUCGGAUUCAGCAACUUCACUUGUCUGAAGAUUUAAGCCCUCGGGAAAUACAAGAAAAUACUUUCUCUCUUCAAGCAGCCUGCUGUGCAGCCCUCACAGAACUGGCGCUCAACGACACCAAUGCGCACCAGGUGGUCCAGGAGAAUGGUGUAUAUACAAUAGCAAAAUUAAUUUUACCAAACAAGCAAAAGAAUGCAGCAAAAACAAACCUAUUACAGUGUUACGCUUUCAGAGCCUUGAGGUUCCUCUUCAGUAUGGAAAGAAACAGACCGCUCUUUAAAAGGCUGUUCCCCACUGACUUAUUUGAGAUCUUCAUUGAUAUAGGACAUUAUGUUCGUGAUAUCGGUGCUUACCAAGAAUUGGUCUCAAAGUUGAAUUUAUUAGUGGAGGAUGAACUGAAGGAAAUUGCUGAAAACAUUGAAAGCAUUAAUCAGAAUAAAGCUCCUUCAAAAUAUAUCGGCAACUAUGCAAUUUUGGAUCAUCUUGGAAGUGGAGCGUUUGGCUGUGUUUACAAGGUUAGGAAGCGUAGUGGUCAAAAUCUCUUAGCAAUGAAAGAGGUCAACUUACACAACCCAGCAUUUGGAAAGGAUAAAAAAGACCGAGACAGCAGUGUGAAGAAUAUCGUUUCGGAAUUAACCAUAAUUAAAGAGCAGCUUUAUCACCCCAAUGUUGUACGCUAUUACAAAACAUUUCUAGAAAAUGAUCGAUUGUAUAUAGUUAUGGAACUUAUAGAAGGGGCCCCUCUUGGAGAGCAUUUCAGUUCUUUGAAGGAAAAACAGAAUCAUUUUACUGAAGAGAGAUUAUGGAAAAUAUUUAUACAGCUGUGCUUGGCUCUCCGGUACUUACACAAGGAGAAGAGGAUUGUCCACAGAGAUCUGACACCAAACAACGUCAUGUUGGGGGACAAGGACAAAGUGACCGUCACUGACUUUGGCCUGGCAAAGCAAAAACAAGAAAACAGUAAACUCACAUCUGUUGUUGGAACAAUCCUGUAUUCCUGCCCCGAGGUGCUGAAGAGCGAGCCAUACGGGGAGAAGGCUGAUGUCUGGGCAGCUGGCUGCAUCCUUUAUCAGAUGGCCACACUGAACCCGCCCUUCUACAGCACCAACAUGCUCUCCCUGGCCACAAAGAUAGUGGAGGCGGUCUAUGAACCAGUGCCAGAAGGCAUCUAUUCUGAGAAGGUGACAGAUACCAUCAGCAGAUGCCUGACCCCUGAUGCAGAAGCCCGUCCAGAUAUUGUAGAAGUCAGCUCCAUGAUAUCGGAUGUCAUGAUGAAGUAUUUAGACAGCUUGUCCACAUCCCAGCUGGCUUUGGAGAAAAAGCUGGAGCGGGAACGAAGACGCACACAGAGGUAUUUUAUGGAAGCCAACCGGAACGCAGUCACAUGUCACCAUGAGCUGGCUCUACUAUCGCAUGAGACCUUCGAGAAGGCAAGCCUGAGUAGCAGCAGCAGUGGUGCUGCCAGCCUGAAGAGCGAACUCUCAGAAAGCUCAGAGCUCCCUCCUGAAGGUUUCCAGGGACCCUGCGGGAAGGACGAAGACAGGGCCUGUGAGGAAAUCCUGUCAGAUGAUAACUUCAACGUUGGAAACAUUGAGAAAGAUAUAUAUUCAGAGCUGGAUGAUGAAUUGGACAUUUCUGAUAAUUGCAGCAGCUCCAGUUCAAGCCCUCUCAAGGAAUCAACUUUCAGCACUUUAAAGAGAAGUUUUAGUGCUUCAGGAGGAGAACGACAAUCCCAAACUAGAGACUUCACUGGAGGAAUAGGCUCAAGACCCAGACCAGCUUUGCUGCCUUUUGACCUGCUUCUGAAAGUGCCACCCCUCAGGCUCAGGGCCCACGUUAAGGAGCUAGAGGCCGAGUUAGUGACGGGGUGGCAGGCCCACAGCCUCCCCGCUGUGAUCCUCCGCAAUCUCAGAGAUCACGGGCCACAGAUGAGCACAUUCUUGUGGCAAGCAUCUGCAGGGAUUGCUGUGUCCCAGAGGAAAGUACGUCAGAUCAGCGAUCCUAUUCAGCAGAUCCUAAUUCAGCUGCACAAAAUCAUCUACAUCACACAGCUUCCUCCAGCUUUGCACCACAAUUUAAAACGAAGGGUGAUAGAGAGAUUCAAGAAGUCCCUCUUCAGUCAGCAGAGUAACCCUUGUAAUUUGAAAUCUGAAAUUAAAAAGCUGUCUCAAGGAUCUCCGGAACCGAUCGAGCCCAACUUUUUCACAGCAGAUUACCAUUCACUACGUCACUCAGCAGAUGGAAACAGCUUGUCCCCAAGUGACCCAGCAGGCUUACCCACCAGUUUUGAUUUGGAGGAGGGAAUCACAUAUGAACAGAUGCAGACUGUGAUUGAAGAAGUCCUAGAGGAAAGUGGUUAUUACAACUUUAUUUCGAACAGGUACCACUCGUAUCCAUGGGGAGCCAAGACUCACCCGACCAAGAGAUGAAAAUGCUGCAUUGUGAAUGGACCUGGUUUUCCCAGUGAAGUUCAAGUCUGGACUUCAGCCAGCGAUGCCCAAGGAUGGGGUGCUGCUAGAAGAGUGUGGAAGAGAAAAGACCACGAUGCCACUGUACCCACAGGACCUCUCUGGAGAGCUGGGUCUGGCUACUUGACAGCCGCAUUGCUUAGCAGCUCCACUCUAGAGCAUUAAGUAUAGGAUGAUGGGGGUCUCCGUGCGCUCCCGGGAGAGAAUGCUGCAGAAUUCAUCUGGGGAAGAAAACCCACUUCACAGACCUGUCCUCCAACUUAAAAAAAGCAAACACUUUGUCCUUUUUCAAAGGAAUAUGUUAUAUUUAGUCUGUAGAAACGAUGUUUAAAGGCAUUCAGCCUUCCAUGUAAAUAGUUGUAGAUAAAAAAGUUUAGGAUCCAUAAUAAUAAUAUAUGGGGUAAUUCACUGUAUCCCCCAAGUUUUUCUUUUCUUUUCUUUUUUUUUUUUUUCAUUUAAAAAGUAAUUCAAAAUAUGUGGUUGAAAUUUUUUGGUUUGUUUUAAUGAAAGGAUUGGUCCCACCUUAACCACUUGGGUGCUAGUGGUCUUGAACCAUGAUCCAGGGUAGACAGUAUUUGUAACCUUGCACAAACUCUGGGAAUAGCUGUCAAAUGGUCUGGUCACAUUUAAGUUAGACUGAUAUGGAAUAUUGAUGUAAAGUGUGUGUGUGUGUAUAUAUAUAUAUAUAUACAUAUAUAUAUGUACAUAAAUAUAUGAGGGACCAAUGAGGUUUUGAUUAGGCUAAUGCUUUGCUGCUAAUCAAACUUAAUAGUGUUUUUAGAGCACCUUGAAGAGUUUAUAGAAUCUAUGCAAGAGAUGCAAUAUUCCUUAAUCUAAAUCCCUCCUUACUAAAAUGACCUCUAUUGUUUCAAAAUUUUUAUUGUUUGGGAAUUGGAAAUGAAAAUAAGCCACAUAAUAAAAUAUGAUUUUCGUCUUUAUUCAUUGAGAUGUCCCUUAAAAAGAAAAAUCAGAAGCCAGUGUCCCAUUCUUAUGAAUGGAGAAUUUAUGAUGAAAAUUUUCUAGAUUUUUAAAGGGCUAAAAUCUGUUUAACUGACUUCUUAUUACUGGGGUGAUAUCAGGAAAUACCCUAAAUGCCAAAUUAGACUACACUUCUAACUUAAAGAACAUCCAGUUCUAUAUAAUUAGCACCUGCAAGCUGGAAGUAUGCUUUUUAUUUAUGUCUCACUGAGUCCUAUUAUCCUUAUUUACAUUAAUACAUUUUUAGCACGAUUGAAUAGAAUUUAGAUCAAUGUAUUUACAGUGGGUGAAACACAAUAACCUUUUGAAUGGUAUGGAAAAGUCUCCCAUUGUGAGUCCAUACAAUUUUUGCAACUAGUAUGUUUAAUAUUUAAAUAAUAUUCAAAUUCCCUUGAUCUAAUACCUUUGAGUCUUUGAAGAUUGCCAAUGAAUCUUUGUUUUUAAGCCAAAUUAAUGCUGACAACUGGACUGUAAGUUUUAAAAAAUGGAUGCAAACACAGUAAUGAAAAAUUUAGUUUCAGCUUUCAAACCAAUCCCAUCCAUUUGUGACGUUUACAUAUGAAAUCAAAAUGGUUGUAAUUUUGUUGAUUUACCCAGGUAAAAUUCUCUUCCCAUUCCCAGAUGAGUUUGAAUCUGCACUCUUAUGUUUAUAUCCUUUCAUCUGUGGAAUGAGCACCUUUCCUCAUUGUGUGGAAGGUAUAGGCCCAGCCGGUGCACACUUUAAUUGAGAUAAAGCCAUGGGUGGAAGUUUGAACAAUCAAGUUCUUUCUCAAAUGGCAACAUAUAGUAAAUAAAGUUUAGAAAAGAAUAAUAUUCAGAGAGAACACCUUGGUAUGUUUGAAGGGGUUUUCAAAUGCAGACAGUUGAUUUUAUUGACCAGAAAGCGAACUCCUGAGGACCAAACAAAUGUCAAUAUUAUUCUAGAAGUCAGGAAGGAUUAGCAAAAGGGAUGUCUUUUCAAUAGCACCUUUUGCCUCUGUGCUGGUAGAUGCAUUCUGUUGCCAAAAUAAUGAAUGUGUUCUACUUGAAAUCUCCUUUAAACUUCCAGUGGAAUGUUCACCCUCAGGGGAGUCAGGCACCAGCCAGGUGCCAUUUUGUUCAUGGAGUCACAUCCCAACUGUGAAGUUAACAUUUCAAAAGUCCUCACUGUCAGGUGUUCAGAGAACACUCCCUUCAUAAUAAAACUGGAUUGGUUGUUUUAUUUGAACUCUUCAAACUGCCUUUUAGUGCAAAGAAGUUGUUACUUGCACUUUAUUGACCUCAUAAUCUUUUUUUGAUUGCAUUUGAAGGUUGUCUCUUUUUCUUCCCCCUUUUUUUUCAGUAUAAUUAUAAAUUACUUGUUGUUCACAGAUCCUUGUGAACUCAUCUACUUCUCAGUCACAGGACAUGCAUGUGACAGAAUGUAAAUCAGUCUCUUAAGAUCACUUUUGAUACAUAAAUACUUCAGUGAAUUAUGUUUUGACCCACCAACUCUAUUGAAUAUGUCUACCUGAAACUUAAUAUGUUCUAAAGAU